AUGGCGCCUACAAACACCUUCCAACCUAUUAUAACCACGGUGGACGACAUCAGAACUGCCAAGAAACGACGUGCCGUCUAUAUCCGUCCCUUCCUCCUCUUCUGGCUCAACUCCCUAUUCGCCGAAAUCAUUUUCCUCGCCGUCGGCGUCUUCGUCAUGACCGGCACCCGAGACCUCUUCUACAAAGUCAUGUGGACUCUUGUCUUCUGCCCGCUAGGCAUGGGUGGGGCAAUGGGCGGCUUAGUCAAUUGCUUCAUUGUCGACCAUUACUAUGGGAAAAAAGCAGCUCAUUUCACGGGUAUCCUGGCACUGCUAGUACUUAGCGCGUGUAAUUACCUUUGCUACAACCUGGAUAGGCAUUUUGGGUGGUUUGGGGCUACGGAGCAUCCCAUGUGGUUCCAUUGGCGGUACCCUAUGAUCUGGGCAGUUGGGUAUUGGAAUGGUUUGCUGCUAUUUACAGACAAGGGGCAGGAAAGACUUACUAAUCUGGGGCUAUGA